GAAGGGAUGGAGUGCACCUUAGGUAUUGUCUAUCAUAUGUUGCAGGGCCUCAUGGCCUGACUAACUGUUUCCUUCUCUCUCCCUUUGCUAUCUUCCUCUCUUCCUUCCCUAUGGGUCCCGUGUGUGUAUGGUGGUGUAUUCAUGUGAUUGGCUGAUUGUUGCUUUGGUGGUUCAGAGGGCGCUCAUUUUUCUACUUCCCCCUUCUGGCUUCUGUACACUUGCCAUGGCUCUUGCUGGGCGACAGCGCCCGUUCUUGUGUAUGUAGCCGGAAUCGGUGUUUGUCAAUGUUCUAUAAGGCAGCCAGUGCUCUCUGUUGCCAUCUGUUUGUCCGCCGGUGCCAGUGCAGGGAGGGGUAGACAGGCCGUGUGCAUGCUUUGCAUGUACAUGCUGCUAGUUUAGUGCGUGAGACAACAGGAUCCCUCCGGGGUUACAGACACGAGUCUCGUUAAACACACUAACCAACCAACCACUGGCACGACCGCACAAGCAAAAACACACGUAAGCACGUGGCAGGGAGCAGCAGGACACCUACAUCUUCUCCUUGACAUUGAUUGAUGUCUAUUGCGCAUGUGUGCAGGCAUCGCAUCUGUCACUGAGUUCCAGACCCGCCCGGCUUUCCAUUUCAUCGAUGGCACCGUCUGUGGCGUUUGUCGCCCUCUUGCAUCUCUCGCUGAGCACGGCGUUCUGCCCUCCCCACGCCACACACAUACGCACACGCCUCACCCCACCCCAGCCACUCCUCUCCCACACACAAGGGGACCAGACCAAUGUAAGGCAACGCACACGCGCCUGGCACACACAGACAUGGAAAGCAUCGCUGUCACGGCUGUGCUGUGCUGUGCUGUGCUGUGUUGUGUUGUGUGUGUGUGACCAUCCAUCUAUCCCUCCCUCCCUCAAUUGACCAUAUGUCAGGCGCUGGCCAAGUAUGGCCACCUUCAGGCUGAGAUCGACGCCUUGAAGCGGAAGGAGGCCGAGAUCAUGGGGGUGAUCGGGGGGGAGCAGAAGGACACGCUGCUGUCGUUCUUCCCGUGGCGCAAGAUCCUCUACGCCAACCAGCUGAGGGAGAUUGAGAAGGAGAUCGACUGGCGCAGGGAGGAGCAGCGCCAGCUGCAGAUGGUAUGUAUAUAUGGUCAUUUCUGCGGCCAACAAGAGGGAGGGACACGGCUGUGUGUGUGCCUGCGUGUGUGUGUGUGUGUGUCUUCUCAGGAGUACUACGAAUUGUUGCCAAGCGAGUGACUGGACACGUACACACACAUCUAAUCUGGGUUGGGUGCUCGGAUGAGAUGAGACUUCGGUGCAGGGCAGAGGCAAAG